AUGGUCUCAAUCAAUAUUUGCUACGGCAAUGAUACCGCGGUCAGCCAGUUCGAUAACAAAAUUGGAGGCGAUGCAUCUAUUGCCGUUAGAUUACUCUACGGAUAUUUUAUCAGUAACAAAGACUCCGAUAGCAAACCCGUUGACUUUUUUCUGCAAAAGCAAGGCAUCAAUCUACUCUCCGUGAGCAGAGCCAUAGAGGUUAUUCAUGCUGAUAUUAUCAGACGAGGCACACCCACUAACAAUCCGAUUGUGCUGGUCAUCAGCAUCGACGAAGUGAAUCAUUUACACAAUGCUUACCCAGGUACUCUUCGAGAAGUUGUGAAUGCUAUUGGGAAACUGAGCUUGAGGACCAUAGAGCCUUUUUGUAUCCCUAUUAUGGCAGGUACAAUCCAAGGACCCAUCGAAAAAAUGGUCAUGGGAUCAACAUAUCGUAUCCUACACCUACCUCUUCCUCUUCUUACUGACGACGACGUGAUCGAAAUUGGCCGUAGGCUUCCUCUGACUAUAGACGGUAAGGCUCUGCAUCUGACUGAAGACUACCUAAAGCAUGAUAUACUGUUCCGCCGUAGUAUUGCAGACAUCGGUGGAGUGGCAAGGGCUGUGGAGCAUUUCUAUGAACACUUUGUGAAUCGCUUAAAGAAAUUAAAGAAGAUCCCUGACAGGGCUGAGGAACUUACGGAAUGUCUGCGCAAUGUCGAUAUCAUGGCCGUUAUGCAGAGCCUGGCAGUUCGUUUAGACACACUUUAUCCUUUUGGGGACUACGUGGAGUUCAUGACACCUGUAGUGGCAAGGGCCAUUCUUGGUAUCCCAGUCAAAAUGAAUAAUACCAUUGGAGGUGGCACGACCUAUAAAGAUCUCAGGACAACUGGCCUAAUAAAUCUGGAACGAGCUGAAGAGUAUGACAUGUACCAUAUACGUAUCCCAUAUUUGUGGCUGGUUUUAUUGGUCAAAGCUUCCACGAGGAGUGAAUCCGAGUCGCCUUUGAAGUACUGGACCACUUUUAUCGAUCCAAAGCAAGAUGUCUCCUGGGCAGGCUGGGAACACUUCAAUAUGAAGUUCUUGGCUCUACGUCUAUGCCUUUUCUCUUACCUCGGAAAACAGACUGUGACUCUGCAGGAACUUUUUGCAGGUGCUGAAUUUGAUCCCGAGUUUCCAGAGCUUAAAGUUGAAAUUCCAGACCACCGCAAUGUUACAGUGCAUCAAUUGCUCGAAACAUUCCCUGAGCACGAGAUCGCAAAGGAUGUGGACGGCAUGGAGCAUACUGACUUCCUUCAAGAGUUUCACAAGGUAUUUGUUAAUGGCAAAGGCGCCCCAGCUGACGGCUUUAUGCAAUUGCGUUUACAGGACAGAAGAGACAUUGCGUCUUUGUGUCUGCUUUGUCAAAUGAAAUGGGCCGAAGAGAAGGAUUCAAAGGAGUCUAGACCUAUCAACCAAACAACAAUUGACGAGGAAAUUACAAAGAUUGUCGUCGAAGUGAAGGAAGUUCUUAAGGAACGAUGUCCAUCCUUGGAAUGUGCCUUUGGUAUCUUUUCAAAUCGAUGUGAGUCUUCCUCAAGAAUGGGGCUUCACUCCCAUACAUUCAUGGUACACAAAGGAAACUUCCGGGAUUACUAUGGACACACGUCUGCAGGUCGUGCACAAUUCUCAGCCUUUUCCAGACUGUACAUCAAUUCAGCGCCUGAGCACCAUAUCAAGCAUAUUCCUGCAGUUGGGGAGAAAAUCUGUAAAGAAAUCAUGAACGAGCGGAAGAAGCGACGAUUUGGGGAUGAAGAAGAUUUUAAGAAAAGGAUGAAGAUGUUUCCAGAAAAUGAGUUAGCGUCACUUUUAUUCUAA